CUUAAUCACAUAUAAGAAUGUGUAGAGAAAGAUAAUAAAGAAAGAUAAAAUAGAGUCCUCAAUGAACUUACGAGGACAUGAUGCGUUCAAAAGCACAACGUACUUUUAAUCAACUCUUCAGGGUGGUUGUAUUGGCAUGCAUGUUAUUCGUUGUGUUCGUGCAGACUGAAAACAAUCAAGGCGAGACUGUAAUUUUCAGAUAUAUUCCCUAUGCAAAUCAUUUGUUCGCAGUUAGAAAGGGUAAUCAGGGAUGCUUCUUUUACAACACCACUAUACAAGAGAGAGCACAAAUACAUCACCCGGUAGACGUCUAUGCUUUUGAGUUAAAAGUCUUGAAAAUGGUACAUAACUACACGUCAUACUUUAGAGCAGCGCCUAAGACUCUUUAUCAUACUGAUCCGGAUAUCAAAGUAUACAUUAACUUUUGUAACAAGGGAACCUUUCCUGUAUGGCUUUUUAAAGGUCACACCUAGCAACGCCAUGCUCGUAAUUUUUGACGAAUUCGAAAUCUAUGUUAAGUGUUUAUAAAUUAAACAUUAUAAACUA